AUGAAACAGGCAAGCAAUAAAAAAGCAAUCUAUGAUCACAAUUUCCGGGAAUCAAAGCAAUCAGUGAUAAAAUGGAAACCGGUAAAAAUGAUGACGAAACCUCCAAUGAUACUGUCAAUGAGACCAUCUACGAUUCCAGCUAAAGCAUCACUUUCAUCCAUUAUUCACGAUAUGCCAAAUCCUGUCAAACAACGUCGUCGUCCAAUAAAAUCAGGAAACUGGUUUGAUCAAUCUCCCGACAUAUUAUCAUUUACAGCACCACAGUAUCAACAUAUCCAGAAUAUCUAUCCAUUCUCACCGGAAAUCCCUUUGUUUCCAUUUCAUAUUCCAUAUCCAGUAUCAGCACCUUUUAUGCCGGAAUCUUUGUUUCAAUCGAUCAAUCAUCAGUCAUUAAUUUUGCCGACAUCAACAGUGUCUACUGCAGUGACAACUACAAGAAGCACUGCGACACUACCUUUACCAGUAUUUCCCACUCUCGCGAUGCAUCCAGAAUUUCAGAAUCUGACUGUUACACCAAAAAAACUGAAGCAGAAGAUGGUAAAUAGCAACAGAAGGUAUAAUUGUGAUGAAGAUUUUGAUGAUGAUGAUGACAAUUCAAGAAGUAAUUUCAGAAUGAAAUUCGAUUAA